GUAGAAUAUCGUCGCACCACACUAGCAUACCAUAAAAUACCUCCAUGCCAUACAGCCUGCUACCUUACCGUACAAUACCUCCACACCAUACAGCCUGCUACCUUACCGUACAAUACCUCCACAUCAUACAGCCUGCUACCUUACCGUUCAAUACCUCCACAUCAUACAGCCUGCUACCUUACCGUACAAUACCUCCACACCAUACAGCCUGCUACCUUACCGUUCAAUACCUCCACAUCAUACAGCCUGCUACCUUACCGUACAAUACCUCCACAUCAUACAGCCUGCUACCUUACCGUACAAUACCUCCACACCAUACAGCCUGCUACCUUACCGUACAAUACCUCCACACCAUACAGCCUGCUACCUUACCGUACAAUCCCUCCACACCAUACAGCCUGCUACCUUACCGUACAAUACCUCCACACCAUACAGCCUGCUACCUUACCGUACAAUACCUCCACACCAUACAGCCUGCUACCUUAUCUUACAAUACCUCCACACCAUACAGCCUGCUACCUUAUCGUACAAUACCUCCACACCAUACAGCCUGCUACCUUACCGUACAAUACCUCCACACCAUACAGCCUGCUACCUUACCGUACAAUACCUCCACACCAUACAGCCUGCUACCUUACCGUACAAUACCUCCACACCAUACAGCCUGCUACCUUACCGUACAGCCUGCUAGCUUACCGUACAAAACAGCCACACCAUACAGCCGGCUACCUUACCGCACAAUACCUCCACACCGAACAACCAGCUACCUUACCAUACUAAACUUCCACACCAUACAGCCUGCUGCCUUCCCGUACAAUACCUCCACACCGUACAGCCUGCUACCAUACAAUACCUCCACACAAUACAGCCUGCUACCUUACCGUACAAUAACUCCACACGGUACAGUCUGCUACCUUACCGUACAAUACCUCCACACGGUACAGUCUGCUACCUUACCGUACAAUACCUCCACACGGUACAGUCUGCUACCUUACCGUACAAUACCUCCACACUGUACAGCCUGCUACCUUACCUUACCUUACAAUACCUCCACACCGUACAGCCUGCUACCUUACCGUACAAUACCUCCACACGGUACAGCCUACUAGCUUACCGUACAAUACCUCCACACAAUACAGCCUGCUACCUUACCGUACAAUACCUCCACACGGUACAGUCUGCUACCUUACCGUACAAUACC